AUGGGAAGUGGCCUAAAGUCUAGCGAGUUCUGUCACCUGUCCAUCGGCGGGGUGAUGGGAAGUGGCAUAAAAUCCGGCGAGUUGUGUCACCAGUCCAUCGGCGGGGCGAUCGGAAGCGGCUUAAAGUCCGGUGAGUUGUGUCACCAUUCUAUCGUCGGGGCGAUCGGAAGCGGCUUAAAGUCCGGCGAGUUGUGUCACCAGUCCAUCGGCGGGGUGAUGGGAAGCAGCUUAAAGUCCGGCGACUUGUGUUACCUGUCCACUGGCGCUGUGAUGGGGUCAUCGUCCUCGUCGUCGGCGGACGACGCGGCCGGGCUGGGGGUGCCCCGCGCCGGCGGCGUGGGCGGUCCCUCGUCCGAGCUGGACGUGGCCGGCGAGGGAGCGAAGUUCAGGUUGCCUGGAAAACGGGCGACGUUACCAGUACGGGACCCUUUUAAUAGGUGGCAG